AGCUGCUGCCGCCGCCGCCUCCGCCUCCGCCGCCGCCUCCGCCUCCGCCGCUACCGCCGCGUUUGGGUGUAGAAUUAAGAAUUCCUGCGCCUCGUUAACAAUGAAGCAGAGUUCGAACGUGCCGGCUUUCCUCAGCAAGCUGUGGACGCUUGUGGAGGAAACCCACACGAACGAGUUCAUCACCUGGAGUCAGAAUGGCCAAAGUUUUCUGGUUUUGGAUGAACAAAGAUUUGCAAAAGAAAUUCUUCCCAAAUAUUUCAAGCACAAUAACAUGGCAAGUUUUGUGAGGCAACUAAAUAUGUAUGGUUUUCGUAAAGUAGUACAUAUUGACUCUGGAAUUGUGAAGCAAGAACGAGAUGGUCCUGUUGAAUUUCAGCAUCCUUACUUCAAACAAGGCCAGGAUGACUUGUUGGAGAACAUUAAAAGGAAGGUUUCAUCUGCAAAACCAGAAGAAAAUAAAAUUCGUCAGGAAGAUUUAACAAAAAUUAUAAGUAGUGCUCAGAAGGUUCAAGUAAAACAAGAAACUAUUGAGUCCAGGCUUUCUGAAUUAAAAAGUGAGAAUGAGUCCCUUUGGAAGGAGGUGUCAGAAUUACGAGCAAAACAUGCACAACAGCAACAAGUUAUUCGAAAGAUUGUCCAGUUUAUUGUUACGUUGGUUCAGAAUAACCAACUUGUGAGUUUAAAACGCAAAAGACCGCUACUUCUAAACACUAAUGGAGCUCAAAAGAAGAAUUUGUUUCAGCACAUAGUAAAAGAACCAGCUGAUAAUCACCAUCAUAAAGUUCCCCACAGUAGGACUGAAGGUUUAAAGCCAAGGGAGCGGAUUUCAGACGAUAUCAUUAUUUAUGACGUUACUGAUGAUAAUGCAGAUGAAGAAAAUAUCCCAGUUAUUCCAGAAACUAAUGAGGAUGUUAUAUCUGAUCCCUCCAACUGUAGCCAGUACCCUGAUAUUGUCAUUGUUGAAGAUGACAAUGAAGAUGAAUAUGCACCUGUCAUUCAGAGUGGAGAUCAGAGUGAACCAGCCAGAGAAUCCCUAAGUUCAGGCAGUGAUGGCACCAGCCCUCUCAUGUCUAGUGCCGUCCAGCUAAAUGGCUCAUCUAGUCUGACCACAGAAGAUCCUGUGACCAUGAUGGAUUCCAUUUUAAAUGAUAACAUCAAUCUUUUGGGAAAGGUUGAGCUGUUGGAUUAUCUUGACAGUAUUGAUUGCAGUUUAGAGGACUUCCAAGCCAUGCUGUCAGGAAGACAGUUUAGCAUAGACCCAGAUCUCCUGGUCGAUUCUGAGAAUAAAGGAUUAGAAACCAAGAGCAAUGUAGUUCAGCCAGUUUCAGAAGAGGGAAGAAAAUCUAAACCCAAAACAGAUAAGCAGCUUAUACAGUACACUGCCUUUCCACUUCUUGCAUUCCUCGAUGGGAGCCCUGCUUCUACUGUUGAACAGGGGAGUACAGCAUCAUCAGAAGUUAUGUCCUCUGUAGAUAAACCCAUAGAAGUUGAUGAGCUUCUGGACAGCAGCUUGGACCCAGAACCAACCCAAAGUAAGCUUGUUCGCCUGGAGCCAUUGACUGAAGCUGAAGCUAGUGAAGCCACACUGUUUUAUUUAUGUGAACUUGCUCCUGCACCUCUGGAUAGUGAUAUGCCACUUUUAGAUAGCUAAAUCCCCAAGAAGUGGACUCUACGUGUAUAUAUUCAUCAAAAUGAUGAACUAUUUAUUUUAAAGUAUCAUUUGGUACUUUUUUUUUGUAAAUUGCUUUGUUUCGUUUAAUCAGAUACUGUGGAAUCAAAAGCACCUUUUGCUUUUCUCACUAACCACACACUCUUGCAAAGCUUUCAGAUGUUACUCAGCUACGUAGGUACAUAAGAUUUGAUGCGUUAAAUCACAGUAUUGGCAUAUCUUUAAGUUGGAUUCAAAUGGCCAUUUUUCUCCAAUUACAGCAAAUUGGAUUUGUUUUUUACGUGUAUGUUCAUUAACCCCAGUUAAACUUUUUGUUUGUUUGUUUUACUUGUUGAUGCUGUCUUGUUUGCAUUGAGUGUAAGUCACUAUAACUAAUGGUAGAACUCCUAAAGCUUCCUCUGUUCCAGUUGCUUUUAUUAAGUAUUUUUCACUUGGCUUCUUUAUAAAACUGGGAACAUAAAGUGCCUGUAUCUUGUAAAACUUCAUUUGUCUCUCUUGGUUCAGAGAAGUUCAUUCAUGUUCAACAGGAAAGGCAACAUACACUUGAGUGCUUGCUGUCUGAUGCAGUUGCAGCCCCAUAUACAUAGAAAAAGGGGAUGGGAUGGUGUCAGCCCAUCCACCUCACUGGACUAGUUUUAAGUAAAAGUUUUCGGGUUUGUUUGUGUUUUUUUGAAGCAUACUAUUUAGUAAAAUAAAUAUAAUGAAUGUUGCGUACUAGUGUCUGUUAUGUGUCUUCUUUGGAGGUGACAUCCAUGUGACAGUUUUUCCUUUUCAUAGGAAGUAGACAGACUUAAACUGUAAACUUUAUCUGUUGUCCAUUAUUCUUAAUAUGAGUCAUACCAAGAUCUUUGUGCCUCAUCUCAGAGGAGAGACUGUGUAUUGCAACAAGGAAGAAAUACAAUGCCUCCAAAUUUAAAAAUUAUGCUGGCUUGCUUUCUAUGUUGCUAUUAAAGAACUGAGAAAAGUAUGCUUCCAAUUGUCCCAAAUUAGGUAAAGAACAUUAUCACUGGAUGCCAAGGGCCUAUAAUUUUUGCCCUGAGAGAAGAUAAGAGAAACAGUUAAAUCACUUCUUUCCUUUGGAACACUUGCUCAGAAGAAUUAGAGAGACUUAAUCCAAGGCCAGGGCACUAUCACUUGAAGAAUUGUACCUUCAAGCAGAGGACUGAAAGCAGUGAGCUAGCAUCUGAAUAUUUUAUAGGGCUGCUUGAUGAGGAAUUGCAAAGAUGGCCUUCCUGUUGGUUAUAGUCUCUCAGUAUCUUGGAACUUCUCUUACUGUGAUGUAAAAUUUCAAAUAAAGCAUAGCACAGAGGGAUAAGAAACCCUUCCUUAGCAGAUCCUAAAAUACUUGGCUCUGACAAUGGGAUCUUGGUGAACUAAUUUAAGAACCCAGAACAGUUUUCUGCGUAAGCUUUAGAGGUCACUUUCUUAGAGAUUGUUAAGGUGCGAAGAGCUUAGAGACUGAGGAGAAGAGAGCUUCAGAGACUUUCUCUUUUUCGCUUCCCUUCCUCACUGUGGGAUAUGAUUAAGUUGCUUCUCCUUUGGGGAUAACUUGAGAAGUAUUUAAAAAAUAAUUUUGAAAACCUUAUACCUCAUAGUACUUUUUAAGGUGACAUUUAAAUUUUUUCAUCUUAAGUAUUCGGGAAGAAUUUAGGAUAUUGUUAAUACUGCCAUUUUAAAAAAUAGUUGUUAUGUGCUUUUAAAUGUAUCUGAAAGAAUCUAAAUGCCAUAGUGAUUUGAUGUUCUUCAUCAUCCAUUCCACUUCCUCCAAAGAGUUUUAUCCUACUUUUAUUAUGCGUGACAGUCAUACAUUGAAAAUAAUUGUUGCACUUCUCUGCAACUAAAUUUGAAAUUGCGUCCUGUAACCUUAAGAUUCUAAGCAUUAAAGUUUGUCUCCGAUUAUAAAUACACAGUUGAUCAAAACAGUAUAAACGUAUGUGGCAGAGACUGUUAACUGAUUGCUGAACCAUUUCCUAUCAUGCAGUUAGAUUAUUUCCACCUUUGUAAACAGGGUAGCUAUGUAAUUGAAUUCUAAUAAAUCAGGAAAAGUGAUGUUCAGAACUUGCAGGUCUGGUCUGUGAACAUCUCCCCCAUGCAACCCUCCUCACCUUUUUACCCGUCUACUAGCUUGAUGCAGAGGAGUAUGUGGCUUCCAAGUAUACACACGAGAAGGAAGAAACCUGGCUUCCUGAAUCGCCGCUUAGAGGAGAGCCACCCCCAUCAAUCCUGGAUAUUCAUUUAGACUUCAGGUGGGGUGGGGGGAGACAAACCUUCAUUAUGUUCUGCCUCUGAAUUUUGGGGGACUGAUCUGUUAGAGAUUUUAGUGUUCACUAACAGAAUAUAGUCCAAAUUUUGAUGAACUGUUAAACAUACAAAGUAAAAUUUUACCAGAAAUACAUCUUUUUGUGGGGUGCACAGAUCUCAGGGAUCUUUUUUCCCCCAAAUGUUUUAUUAUCUGGGGGUAAGUUUAUAUCAAUAUAAUAAGAGCAUCAAUUUUUUUUGUUUCUAUAAAGUCCUAAGAAACUUUUAUAAUACAAAAAAGAGAAUAGAAGGGAUUUUGUUACAGCAGUGUCACUCAAUUAUUUGAAGUCCUUCAGAAUUCACUAAGUAUUUUAAAAUUUAUUAGCGAGUAAUUUCAUUAGAUCAUCCUGAUUCAAUUUCAUUGAAAGAAAAGAAAUAAAAAUCACCUCAGGAUUUUUUAAACCAGUGUCGUUCUCUUACCAAUA